AUGGAAAGAGGGGCUGUCAACGACAUGUUUGUGAUACUCUCUGAUAUUUGGCUGGACAGCGAGGAGACCAUGGAUAAACUCGAGAUGAUCCUCGGUGGUUAUGAGAAUGAAAAUGUCGUUCCAUCUCUGUUUGUUUUCAUGGGAAACUUCUGUUCUCAUCCAUGUAACCUUUCUUUUAGUUCUUACUCAAGCAUCAGAUCUCAGUUUGGGAAGCUUGGAAAAAUAAUAGCAUCUCAUCAGCGUCUUAAAGAUAACAGCAGAUUUCUGUUUAUUCCUGGUCCUGAUGAUAUAGGACCUUCAAAUGCUCUGCCUAGAUGCUCACUACCAAAAUACAUUAUCGAAGAGCUUGAAAGUCACAUUCCAAAUGCAGUGUUUUUAAGUAAUCCUUGCAGAAUUAAAUAUUAUACCCAAGAAAUUGUAUUUUUCCGUCAAGACAUGCUUUACAGAAUGCGCAGAUCAUGUCUGAUGCCUCCUUCAGCUGAAGAAACAAGUGAUCCUUUUGAGCAUCUUGUUGCUACUAUAACACAUCAAAGCCAUCUGUGCCCUCUGCCUUUGAGUGUACAGCCAAUCAUCUGGAAUUUUGAUCACUGCCUUCAUUUAUAUCCAACUCCGCAUACGAUAGUAUUAGGAGAUAAAAGUGAGCAGAAGGCAUUCAAGUAUACAGGAAUCACGUGCUUUAACCCCGGUUCUUUCUCAAACGACUUCACUUUUGUUGCAUAUCGGCCUUGCUCUCAGGAAGUUGAACUGUCAGCUGUGUAA